GGUCAGGUGGGGGCGUUGCCCACCACGUGACGCGGCGUCUUAAGCGUGUACUUCCACGCACGUCUCGGCGCUGCUUUCUUCGGGGUUGGAAGUCUUCUCGUCGGAGAGCGGAAAGUGUAGCGGACGGGCCGGGUGCGCGCUCGUCAUCAUUUGGAGGAGGCGACGCGCGCUCUAUCUCUCUGACGCGCGUAUACGCACCCACGCACGCAGCCGGCGCGCACGCUCUCACACGCCCGGAGACGCUCUUGUCGCCGCAGUCAAUCACCGGCACCGACCUGCACGGAUCUUUUUUCCUCUUUUUUUUUUCCCACUCCCGCGUAGACGCUUGCAGUGCCCCUUAUCCCACCCACGGUCAUGUCGGUUUAGCUGCCCUGCGGGAUGCCUGAUCAUGACAGCGCCGCGCUCCUAACCAAACAGACCAAGCGUAGACGCGUGGACAUCGGGGUGAAAAGGACCGUGGGCGGCGUGACCGGGAUCCUGCUCGACAGCAUGAACCUGCAGUCGCACAGCCCCGAUCGGGACGGGGACCUCUCGCUGGUCGCCCGCGGCCACGGCGGCAACGGCAACGGCGACGGGGAGAAAUCCAACGUUCUGAGGAAGCUGCUGAAAAGGGCCAACUCGUACGAGGACACCAUGAUGCCUUUCCCCGGGGCGACUAUUAUCUCGCAGCUUCUUAAGAGCAACAUGGGAAAGAAUGGCGGGAGUGACUCCGGCUUUCAGGGCAGUGGAGCUCUGUCCAGUGGGGGCUCGGAGAUCCAGGCCGAGGACGGCUGCAGCAACGCCUCCUCCCAAGACCGGGACAGUCCGUCCAACUGCAUUUCCCCCGGACCCUCUCUCCCUUUGGCUCCGCCUUCUUUCGGGCGACCGACUUCCAACCUCAGUUCCCAUACUGUUCAGCCGCUCUCCAUCACGUCAUUUGACUUUGACAGGCUGUCAGAUGAGCACCUUCGGGCGAAGCGGGCCCGGGUGGAAAACAUCAUCCGUGGCAUGAGUCAUUCCCCGCUGGUCCAGCCCAGCAUUGCCGGUAACCACGGCAAAGAAACCAACUUCGACAAUGAGAGGUGCAGAAACGGCGGUACUAACGAGCACAGAGGCAUCAGUCACGGCCACAGCCGAAGCGACCGCACCUCUUCCCUUCUCAGCUCUCCAGGUUUACGAGCCGGCGGGGUUAGCGCCGGCGAGGUCUACCGGGAGAACAAAAGGAAGCAGCGCCUGCCUCAACAGCAGCAAAGCUUCCCGCAGCUGGUGUGUUCCAGGCAGGAGCAGCGACAAGAGGAGAGGAGGCAGCUGAAACUGCAGCUGGAAGACAUGCAGAAGCAACUGCGCCAACUCCAGGAGAAGUUCUAUCAGAUCUAUGAUUCUGAGACAGAAGAAGAGGAGGAGAUCCACGACGGUGGCGAGGGGGACCGAGGCGGUGAGAGGGAUGAGGAUGGUAACCUGUCUGAGGACAGUAUUCGCUCUGAUGGUCUAGAGGAGAGGCACAGAGACAGAGGGCGCCGCCGCCAUGAUGAACUGUCAGAACUGGACCCGGGCCUGUUCCUGGACCGGGCCAGAGCCCUACUUAGACAGCAGGCCUUGAUGGAUGGCGAAAUGUUGGACGAUGUGGAAGGGAGGUCGCAGGAGGAGGAAGAGGAGAUGAAUGCGGAGAGGAUGGUGAAGAGGAAAGGAGGGAGACAGUUAGCGGAGACGCUGAAGCAAGAGCUCAACUGCGCCGUCUCGCAGGUUGUUGACACCGUCGUCAAGGGGUUCUCAUCGCCCAAGCAAGCCGUCAGCCAUCAUCAUGGCUGUCACAGUAGCACCCCAGCUGCCCCUUCCUCUUCCUCCAAUUCAUCCUCCUCCUGUCCGCCGCUCUUUGGGCCUCUCCCCUCCCUCACCCCGGAUUCCCGUUUCGGUGGCGGCGCGUUGGCCCUGAGUCUCAACGGGGACGGCAGCCCCACCUCCAACUACCACUCGUCCAAUCAGAGGCUCCACUGUUUCGGAGACAUCAUCGCUCCCAGCCCGCUGGAUUCCUUCAACGGUCUAAGCGGCAGAUUAAGCAGCUUGCCAACUCCCAACGACCAAACCGAGGCGUUGCCGCUAGUGGUCCGCAAGAGCGGCGGCGGCGGCGGCAGCGGCUGUGAGGAAAACGGCAACCCAUCUCUACCUCCUCCUCCACCUCCACACCACCCCUCUCUCCACCCAUCCCCCCUCACUGCCACUCUUGGCUUCAGCCCUCCGUCCUUUCGCCAUCCGUUUCCCCUCCCGCUUAUGGGCUACCCCUUUCACAGCCCUCUGGGAUCGCACGGGGGCGGAGCCGGGUACACCACAGGGCCCAAGGACCACCACCACCACCACCACCACCACAUUCGCUCCUCCCCGGAUUCCAUGGACAUGACCCGAGAAACUCUAAGCCUGAGAACCAAAAUGGCCACCCUAGGAGGAGGGCACCUCGGUCACCACCACAACAGGCAGAGUUCCCCGAGCCAACACGGGCCCGAAAGCUUGUCGCUGUCCCUCAUCAAGUCCGAGUGUGGUGACCUGGCCGACAUGGCCGACAUCUCACCUUAUUCAAGCAGCACCAUCCAAGAGGGUUUGUCACCCAACCACCUGAAGAAGGCCAAGCUCAUGUUCUUCUUCACUCGCUACCCCUCCUCCAACAUGCUCAAAAUGUUCUUCUCCGACGUCAAGUUUAACCGCUGCAUCACCUCCCAGCUGAUCAAGUGGUUCAGCAAUUUCCGGGAGUUCUACUACAUCCAGAUGGAGAAGUUUGCCCGGCAGGCCAUCAACGAGGGCGUGACGGCCGUGGACGAGCUGACGGUGGGCCGCGACGCAGAGCUUUUCCGCGCGCUCAACAUGCACUACAACAAAGCCAACGACUUUGAGGUGCCUGAUCGAUUUAUCGAGGUGUCCCAGGUGACCCUUCGCGAGUUCUUCAACGCCAUCGUGGCGGGCAAAGACGCCGACCCGUCGUGGAAGAAGGCCAUCUACAAGGUGAUCUGCAAACUGGAUAGCGAGGUCCCCGACACGUUCAAGUCCCCAAACUGCCUCCAGGAGCUCCUGCACGACUGACAAUUAAGGGACGAGGGCCGGGAGCACCUGGCCAGCUAACCCGGAUCGUUGCGUGGAUCGUGUGAAACUAAAAUGUUCAUAAUGUGUCGUUAGGUGACGCGGAAUGAGAACACCUUUUUUUUUCCUGGACUAUUCCUCUUGAGAGAGUCGCACUUACAGAUGUUCCUCUUCCUCGGACCGCUUUGUCCACGCAUGCUCUUCAUCCUCUCUCGCGGACAGUGGGCGGAGCCAACUGGCGAUAAAGAAAUUAAUAUAUAAAAGAUCUUUUUAUUGUUGGUGUUUGUAAGUGUAAUGGACAUUUAUGAGGGGAAAAAAAAAAAAAAAAAGAGAUGUUUCUGUAUUUUUUUUUUUUGCUUACCACCUUUGUAUAAACGUACAUCCUCACCUCAUGCACGGUGUGUCGCGUUCAGUCUAACCCAGGGGUGUCAAACUCAUUUUAGAUGGAGGAAAAUCUACUCCCGAGUGGGCCGGGACUGGUAAAAUCACGGCACGGUAACUUAAAAAUAAAGACAACUUCAGAUUGUUUUCUUUGUUUAAAAAUACAACAAGGACAUUCUGAAAAUGUACAAAUUAUAAUGUUGUAUGUUUUUGUUUUUUUUACACUUACAUGUUGCCGUUAAUAGUAUUCUACCUUUAUUUGUCGUUAUUUAUACUUUCUGAAUAAAUUAUGUGAUAAUGUUCGUUGGUCAACUCAUUGGUGUUAAUUUACAAUCUAUCAAGAUAAAAAAGUAAUAUCAAAAUCAGGACUUCCGCCUCAGCUAACCUCCACACAUAGUCACACACCAUGAACCCAUUUUGGAUUUAGUCACACUCCAUAACCUUGUUUAAUUAUAUUAUUGUAUUUUCAUUAUAUAUAUAUAAUAAAACAUAUAGCUACUAUGUCCCCUUGUGGUCUGUGCCGUCUACUCCCCCCUGUUUUUGCGAAAUUUGUUGAAAAAAAAGGCCUCCAUCAAGCAAAACGUCUUACUUGCUCGACAACAAAGUGUCCAUAAGUCAACGACUAUUUUCAUUGACCUAUUGUGUUGUACGUGCUUGUAUUUUUCUAAAAAAAUACACCACAUGGUGGCGCUAGCAUUAAACCCCAACAGUCAAGUCAAAUUUCUCACACAGCUCAACACACUUUAACUUUAGGGUGUUUUGCCGAAUUUCCAUACAAGAUGUUAUUUAUGUAGUUUCCUCUAUUUUUCACAUAUGUAGCAUUAUCUAAAAAGAUACAAAGAAUUGCUAUUGCGACAUCCAGUGGACACAUUUAGAACCGCAGUUUCUUUCAUUCAAAAAUUUCGGCUCAUUUUUACUACUUAGCAAACUCGCGGGCCUGCCUUAUAUAAAACUAAAAUUUGGCUUGGUAAAUAAGUAGAGAACAAUUGAGUGAACAGAUCCUCUAUUGCGCCCACUAUACCCUUUCUAAAAACAGCGCCAACAAUACUUCAUUUACGUGCCGAGACCUGAAAAUUAACCAAAUAUGAGCGAUAUUGUUAUUAUAAGCGCCAACGCGGACGGCUUAUUUUUUUUGAAGCAUUGAUACCGGCGAGCUAAUGCUAGCUUUUGCUGCUAUUGUUGACACACAGAGCUUCGGCUUUGUCUCAAGUUUGUGAAAAAGUAAAUUCUAGAUUAAAUUUCAUGCAUCUCUCACCUUUUGAUUGAUUGAUUGAUUGAUUGAUUG